AUGAAGAUCAGAAGAGGCUCCGUGAAUCUCCUUGUAGGGUGCCUCCUCCUGUGCAACGAUGCAACAGAUGGGACAAGAGAGACGGGAAUAAUGAGACACGAGAUCCUUCAGGAGAGCUCUAGCCCCAUCUCCUCCACCGCCCCGUCCUUCUCCCUGGCACCUUCCUCCAACUCGAGCCAUGGGGAAGACCCUCAGGAGCACUGGCGACGCGUCAGAGGCAUCUUCUCGAACAUGGAGUCUAUCCUGGAGAAGCUGUACGAGGGGGAGAUCAGGUCGGGUCACGUUCCUCUCCACGUCAUACCGAAGAUGAUGCUCGUCGGCGAUGUCAUUUACGGCGCGAAGACGGUUUACGGCAGACUGGACCCUGAUUUGGUUGACUGGGUGAGAAAGAAGUUGAAUUCCGGGGUUUUAAGGAGGUUUACGAAACCCCUGGGAGAGAUCUUAACCCUUCCGGACGUCCAGGAGCUCGUCGACGACCUCGUGACCAGCUUCGUCGUCGGGACCGGCCGCUUCCUCCACCACCAGGCCAUGACCUUCGCCCACGAGCUCGAGUUCGUGACUGAGCUCAUGUUGUCCUCGGGGUUCGAGGUGGAAGAGGUAUCCGUCGUCCUCAAGCUCCUCGGCCUUCCUCCCUUUCCCCGAGAGAUAGAGAGGUCAUCCGGAGAACCUCCCGAGGAACCUGCUCCUGUGGAAGCUGCUGUAGACGGUUCCCGACGGCGUUCGAGAGACAGGAGGUUCAGUGCCAACAGGAGGAAUUCCGGGUAUGAUUACCCAGCGGACGGGUAUGGUUACCAAGGCGGGUACUCGGGUGGCUACGGAGCCAGUGGAGGGUACGGCGGAGGCUACAGUGCUGAUGGAUACGGCGGAGGCUACGGAGGGGAGUACAGUGCUGAUGGAUAUGGCGGAGGCUACGGAGGAGGUUAUAUGCAGGACAUGUCCAAGAUCGACCCUCUCGUCAUCCUGGGCGGUCUGGCUUUCCUCACCCUCUGCUCUUACGUGACUUUCCUCGUCCUUUCCAGCAAGACGAGGAAGCGCAGCGUGCCGGACUUGAGCCUCGAUCUCUCUGAUCUUCCGAACGUCAACUUGAUCUUGGAGGCGAUGGACAAGGAGUCUUUCGGGGCCUCGGAACAGGCGAGUCUCUUGGGGCAUUUUGCAUCGAUGGAGGCUAAAGGGGUACAGGGAAAGGUAACAAUGGUGACAGUAUUAACCUUUGAGGUGCAAAAGAUAAAAGCAGGUACAGAGGACCUUCUGACCGUCAUCCCAUACCAAGUAAAUCUAGUGUGGAGGAACUACAAGCAAGAUCCAAGCACGAGAUCUUGCAUGCAUCAGUUCCUGUGUGAGAGUUUCUUCAGCCCUCCACAGCAACAUCUUCUUAGUCAAAAUGAUUUUCUGUUGCAGAUUACAAGGUCGGCCGUAGCGCAGAUUCUGGGCGACUACGAAGCCCCGAGGAAAGCUGACGAAGGAAUCACUCAGCUCUUAGACGAAGAGCCAAGGGCGCGGGACUCCUGCAGUGAACCGAGACGCCUGUGUUCCAAGGAAGAGAAGGAGGGCGUGAGCUAA